CUGGGGCUUACCGGCUUGGCGCGGCGGAGGCGGCGGCGGCUGGGAGAGCGUUCGGCGGGGUAUCUUCGUCGUAUUGCCUGAGAGAAGCGGAGUCUGCGAGGUGGUGUGCAUCAUGUUCUCUUUCAACAUGUUCGACCACCCGAUUCCCAGGGUCUUCCAAAACCGCUUCUCCACACAAUACCGCUGCUUCUCUGUGUCCAUGCUAGCAGGGCCUAAUGACAGGUCAGAUGUGGAGAAAGGAGGGAAGAUAAUUAUGCCGCCCUCAGCCCUGGACCAACUCAGCCGACUUAAUAUUACCUAUCCCAUGCUGUUCAAACUGACCAAUAAGAAUUCGGACCGCAUGACGCAUUGUGGCGUGCUGGAGUUUGUGGCUGAUGAGGGCAUCUGCUACCUCCCACACUGGAUGAUGCAGAACUUGCUCUUGGAAGAAGGUGGCCUGGUCCAGGUGGAAAGUGUCAACCUUCAAGUGGCCACCUACUCCAAAUUCCAGCCUCAGAGCCCUGACUUCCUAGACAUCACCAACCCCAAAGCCGUAUUAGAAAACGCACUUAGGAAUUUUGCCUGUCUGACCACCGGGGAUGUGAUUGCCAUCAACUAUAAUGAAAAGAUCUACGAACUUCGUGUGAUGGAGACCAAACCUGACAAGGCAGUGUCCAUCAUUGAGUGUGACAUGAACGUGGACUUUGAUGCUCCCCUGGGCUACAAAGAACCCGAAAGACAAGUCCAGCAUGAGGAGUCGACGGAAGGUGAAGCCGACCACAGUGGCUAUGCUGGAGAGCUGGGGUUCCGCGCUUUCUCUGGCUCUGGCAAUAGACUGGAUGGAAAGAAGAAAGGGGUGGAGCCCAGCCCCUCCCCAAUCAAGCCUGGAGAUAUUAAAAGAGGAAUUCCCAAUUAUGAAUUUAAACUUGGUAAGAUAACUUUCAUCAGAAAUUCACGUCCCCUUGUCAAAAAGGUUGAAGAGGAUGAAGCUGGAGGCAGAUUCGUCGCUUUCUCUGGAGAAGGACAGUCGUUGCGUAAAAAGGGAAGAAAGCCCUAAGCGAGGACUGUUGGCUGACUGGAAAAUAAUAAAAGAAUCAGUUGCAACA